AGAUGCGAGCUGGGCAGCUGCGCGCCGAGCACCGGUAGUUGCGCUCCCGAUCCCGCAAUCUCGCACCGCGUGCUGCGACCCGGUAACCGCUUACUCCAGGUGGCUCCUGCGUCGGGCGCCAUGCAUCGGGCGCGCCCCGCGCUCUGGGCAGCUCUGCUUACCGCCCUAGCCCUGCUCCGCGGGCCGCCGGUGGCGCGCGCCGGCGCGGGCGCGGUGGGCGCGGGCCCCGUCGUGCGCUGCGAGCCCUGCGACGCGAACGCGCUGGCCCAGUGCGCGCCUCCCCCCGCCGCGCCCGCGUGCGCCGAGCUGGUGCGCGAGCCGGGGUGCGGUUGCUGCCUGACAUGCGCGCUGCGCGAGGGCCAGCCGUGCGGUGUCUACACCGAACGCUGCAGCUCGGGGCUCAGCUGCCAGGCGCCACCGGGCGAGCCGCGCCCGCUGCAGGCGCUGCUGGACGGCCGCGGGUUCUGCGUCAACGCCAGCGCCGCCGGCCGCCUGCACGCCUACCUGCUGCCCUCCGCCCCAGGAAAUGUUAGUGAGUCGGAGGAAGACCGAGGCACCGGGAGCGUGGAGAGCCAUGCCCCACCCAACACACAUCGGGUGCCUGACUCCAAGUUCCAUUCCAUCCACGCAAAGCUGGACACCAUCAAGAAAGGUCAUGCGAAGGACAGCCAACGCUACAAAGUCGACUAUGAGUCCCAGAGCACGGACACCCAGAACUUCUCCUCGGAGUCCAAACGGGAGACAGAAUAUGGUCCCUGCCGUAGAGAGAUGGAAGACACCCUGAAUCACCUGAAGUUCCUCAAUGUACUGAGUCCCAGGGGUGUGCACAUCCCCAACUGCGACAAAAAAGGAUUUUAUAAGAAGAAGCAGUGCCGCCCCUCCAAAGGCAGAAAGCGGGGCUUCUGCUGGUGCGUGGACAAGUAUGGGCAGCCUCUCCCAGGCUUCGACAGCAAGGGCACGGAUGAUGUGCACUGCCUCGGCAUGCAGAGCCAGUAAACCCCACUGCAUCAGUUAAAUUGGAUCUCCAAUACGCCUUACUUUGCACAAAAGACUGCCAUGGACAGAACAGCACCUGGCUACAUCCUCAACUUAUAUUUCUUUUUGUGAUGAACUGGUUUUUUGUUUGUUUUUUU